AUGGGAGGACGGAAGAUGGCAAGAGAUGAAGAAGCUGCCUGUGGUUCGGAAGAGGACGCCCAGUCCCUGCAGGAGCCCAGGCUGAGGCUCAUCCUGGUGGGGAAAACAGGCGCAGGGAAGAGCGCCACAGGGAACAGCGUCCUGGGACAGAGACGGUUCCUCUCCAGACUCAGGGACACGUCUGUGACCAGAACCUGCACCGUGGCCAGCGGGAAGUGGGCCAAGUGGCACGUGGAACUCAUUGACACCCCGGACAUUUUCAGCUCCGAAACCUCCAAGACAGACCCGGGGUGCGUGGAGAGAGGCCGCUGCUACCUGCUCUCCGCCCCCGGGCCCCACGCGCUGCUCCUGGUGACCCAGCUGGGCCGCUACACCGCGCAGGACCAGCAGGCGGUGAGGAAGGUGCAGGAGCUGUUCGGGGAGGGCAUCCUGGAGCGAAUGGUCGUCGUCUUCACCAGGAGGGAGGACCUGGCCGGGGCCUGUCUGCAGGAUUACGUGCGCUGCACGGAGAAUCGCGCCCUGAGGGAGCUGGUGGCCGCGUGCGGCCGCGUCUGCGCCUUGGACAACCGCGCCACCGGCAGGGAGCAGGAGGCGCAGGUGCAGCAGCUGCUGGCACUGACCGAGGGGCUGCUGAGGGCGCACGGGGGAGCCCACUACACCAACGAAGUGUACCGGCUGGCGCAGGCGCUGCGCUGGGCAGACCCCGAGGAGCGGCUGCGGAGGGUGGCCGCGGAGGUGGCGGCCCGCGUGCGGGGACCGCGGGGGGCCGGGCGGCUGGCCGCGCUGUGGGAGUGGCACAAGUGCGGGGAACCGCUGGAGGCUGGGUGUGGCCGUCCUGCUGGGGGGCGCGAUCCUGCUCUACGUGCUGCUCUGCAGGCGCCGAGGGGGCUUUUGCUGACCUGA